UCGCGAGGCGGGCCACCGUGCCCCAGCCCUGGCACCUCACGGCCGGGUGAGCGGGAGCAGCAGGCGGCGAGAGGGACGCUCAGGUUCUCCUCUCCCCAGCGCCAGGCAGCAGCAGCCAGGACGGCAGCGGAGAAAGAAUAAGAACAUGAGAAUAGCCAUAUUGGAUCAGACCAAUAGUCCAUCUAGCACAGUAUGCUGUCUUCCGACAGUGGUUGGUGCUGAUGUUUCAGAGGGAAUGAACAGAACAGGGAAAUUUAUCGAAGGAUCAUCCCCUUUCAUCCAGCUACUGGCAGUCGGAGGCUGAGGGACACCCAGAGAAUGGGGUUGUAUCCCUGAUCAUCUUCGUGAACAGCCAUUGAUGGACCUACCCACUGUGAACUUGUCUAAUUAUUUUUUGAGCAUUGUUAUAGUUUUGGCCUUAACAAAAUUCCCUGGCAACGAGUUUCACAGAUUGACUGUGCAUUGUGUGAAGAAGUACUUCCUUUUGUUUGUUUUAAACCUGCUGCCUGUUAAUGUGAUUGGGUGACCCCUGGUUCUUGUGUUACAUGAAGGAGUAAAUAACCCUUCCAUAUUCACUUUUUCUGCGCCGUUCAUGAUUUUAUAGACCUCUAUCAUAUCCCCACUUAGUUGUCUAUUGUCCAAGCUGAACUAAUCCCAGUCAUUUAAUCUCUUCUCCUACUGAAGUUGUUCCAUACUCCUAAUCAUUUUUGUUAUCCUUCUCUGUACUUUUUCCAGGUUUUUUUGUUUUUGUUUUUUUGAGAUGGGGUGACUAGAUCUGCAUGCAAUAUUCAAGAUGUGGGUGAACCAUGGAUUUAUAUAGUGGCAUUAUGAAAUUUGUCUUCUUAUCUAUCCCUUUCAUAAUGGUUCCUAACAUUGUUAGUUUUUUUGACCACCACUGCAUGUUGAGUGGAUGUUUUCAGAGAGCUAUCCACAAUAACUCCAAGAUCACCUUCUUGAGCCAUAAUAGCUAAUUUAGACCCCAUCACUUUGUAUAUGGGGUUGGGAUUGUUUUUCAAUAAGCCUUUAUCAUCACUGAAUUUCAUCUGCCAUUUUGUUGCCCAGUAACCCGAUUUUGUGAGAUCCCUUUGUUACUCUUCACAAUCAGUUUUGGACUUAGCUUUGAGUAAUUUUGUAUUGUCUGCAAUCUUUGCCACCUCACUGUUUAUCCCUUUUUCCACAUCAUUUAUGAAUAUGUUGAACAGCACUGGCCCUUGAACAGAUCCUUUGGGGGCCCUGCUGUUUACUUCUCUCUGCUGUGAAAACUGACCAUUUAUUCCUACCCUUUGUUUCCCAUCUUUUAACCAGUUACUGAUCCAUGAGGACCUUCCCACUUAUAUUCCAUGACUGCCAACUUUACUUAAGAGCUUUGGUGAAGGACCUUGACAAAGGCUUUCUGAAAGUCCAAACACACUAUUUCUAUUGGAUCAUCCUUGUUCACAUGCUUAUUGACUCCCUUAAAGAAUUCCAAUAGAUUAUGCCUCACCAAUCUAUGCAUCCGAUGAAGUGAGCUGUAGCUCACGAAAGCUUAUGCUCAAAUAAAUUGGUUAGUCUCUAAGGUGCCACUAGUACUCCUUUUCUUUUUGCGAAUUCUUUUCUAUAGUUUCAAGCAAUUUUCCUGGUAUUCAAGUUAGGUUUUGUGCUCUAUAAUUGCCAGGAUAGCCUCUGCAGCCUUUUUUUAAAAAAAAAAAAAAUUGGUGUUACAACAGCUAUCCUGCAGUUAUCUAGUACAGAAGCUGAUUUUAAGCAAUAAGUUAUGUACCACAGUUAAUUGUUCUUCAGUUUCAUAUUUGACCUCCUGGUGAUUUAUUACUAUUAAAUACAUCACUUUGUUCCAAAACCUCCUCUAUUGACACCCCAAUCUGGGACAGUUCCUCAGAUUUGUUACCUAAAAAGAAUGGUUCAAUUUUGGGAAUCUCCCUCACAUCCUCAACCAUGAAGACCAAAGCAAAGAAUUCAUUUAGUUUCUCCACAAUAGCCUUGUUUUCAGACCACUUAAAUGUAGUGAUAUUUCCUUUCACGUACAUCAGUUUGAACCAACCUAUUUGAAGCGUGUUGUCCAGCGCACAAUAUUCCAUCUUAAUCCAAGUGGAAUUUUUAUAAGAAAAUGAGUUAGGGCUAGGUGUACAGGAAUGUUCUUCCUCUACUAAGCCCAUGGCACCUCCCUUAAAGUAUUUUCUUAGCUAUACAGGCAGUGCUUGGACUUACGACACAGUUGGUUCUUGAACAUUGCGUCAUAAGUCGAAACGUCAUAACUCAGAACCACAAUACACUCCAUUGUGGGACCGAGCGUCAAAGUCUAAACCAAUUGUCGAAGUCAAAUCAGGGGGUCAAUUCAGAAACGUAAGUGCCAUUCAUCGUAAGUCAAACAUCAUAAAGUCGAGGACUGCCUGUAUAAAUGUGUGUAUUUUGCAAACAUCUUAUUUAUGUCCUCCAUUUUGCCUACCAAUUUAGGCAGUAUUCUGACGUUUCUGCCAUUCUAUGUGCCCCACAAAAGAAACAGUAAAAACGAUCAAUUGAAUAUUACUAAAAUGAAACUAAAUUGGAACUACUCAUGUAAAAAGAUGUAGUGCCAAAAGCAUUGGUAAAAUACUUGGAAGGAAGGCCUUUACAAUUAAGAGGCAAAUUUUAGAGGCCGCUAGAAUAGUUUCUGAUCCUGCACACUGAGACUCUUUUACCCACACAAUUCUGUUGCCUCAAGCUAGUGUAGAAAAUGGUAACAGAAAUGUUAACAGCACUGGCUAGAAACAAUUCUGCUUAUGUCACUCGGUGCACACUGUUUGGCUCUUGCUAACUAUAUUUGUGUGCACAAUUUAGAUCUGCUGAAGCAGCCAUUAUAUUGCUUGUCUAGCUUAUGAUUCCAAUAGAUGAUGAUUUAUUGUCCAUGUGACUAUUAAACAGCUAUAAGGUAAAUGGAACAAAUAUUAAUGGAGAACUUUUUGACUAAUCAAAGAGGAGAGGAACACUAAUAAAAGUUUAAAAGGUGUGAUGGUUCUAUAUUAGGGCUGUCAAGCAAUUUAAAAAAAUUAAUCACAAUUAAUCGUGCUGUUAAACAAUGGAAUAACAUUUAUUUAAAUGUUUUUGGAUGUUUUCUACAUGUUCAAAUAUAUUGAUGUCAAUUACAACACAGAAUACGAAGUAUACUGUGCUCACUUUAGAUUUAUUUUUGAUUACAAAUAUUUACACUGAAAAAAAAAUAGUAUUUUUCAAUUCACCUAAUACAAGAACUGUAGUGCUAUCUCUGUAAUGAAAGUUGAAUUACAAAUGUAGAAUUAUAUACAAAAAAUAACUGCAUUCAAAAAUGAAACAGUGUAAAACUUUAGAGCCUACAAGUCCACUUAGUCCUACUUCUUUUUCAGCCAAUCGCUAAGACAAACAAGUUUGUUUACAUUUUCAGGAGAAUGCUGCUCACUUCUUGUUUACAGUGUCACCUGAAAGUGAGAACAUGUUUGCAUGGUAGUUUUGUAGCCAGUGUCACAAGAUAUUUACAUGUCAGAUGCACUAAAGAUUCAUAUGUCCCUUCAUGAUUCAGCCACCUUUCCAGAGGACAUGUGUCCAUGCUCAUGACGAGUUCUGCUUGAUAAUGAUCCAAAGCAGUGCAGCCUGCCACAUGUUCAUUUUCAUCAUCUGAGUCAGAUGCCACCAGCAGAAAGUUGAUUUUUCUUUUUCGGUGGUUCGGAUUCUGUAGCUGCCGCAUCGAAGUAUUGCUUUAAGACUUCUGAAAGCAUGUUCUACCCCUUGUCUCUCUCAGAAUUUGGAAGGCACUUCAGAUUCUUAAACCUUGGGUUGAGUACUAUAGCUGUCUUUAGAAAUCUCAGAUUGGUACCUUCUUUGCAUUUUGUGAAAUCUGCAGGGAAAAUGUUCUUAAUGAACAAUAUGUGCUGGGUCAUCAUCCAAGACUUCUAUAACAUGAAAUAUAUGGCAGCAUGCAGGUAAAACAGAGAAGGAGACAUACAAUUAUCCCACAAGGAGUUCAGUCACAAAUUAUUUAAUGUGUUUUUUAUGAGUGUCAUCAGCAUGGAACCACGUCCUCUGAAGUGGUGGCCGAAGAAAAAGGGGCAUGCAAAUGUUUAGUAUAUCUGGCAUGUAAAUACCUUGCAAUGCUGGCUACAGAAAUGCCAUGCGAAUACCUGUUCUCACUUUCAGGUCAUUGUAAAUAAGAAGCAGGCAGCAUAUCUCCCGUAAAUAUAAACAAACUUAUUUUUCUUAAGCAAUUGGCUGAAAAAGAAGUAGGACUGAGUGGACUUGUCGGCACUAAAAUUUUACUUUUUUUUUGGAGUGCAGUUAUGUAACAGAAGUCUACAUUUGUAAGUUGCACUUUUACAACUGAGAUUGCAUUAUAGUACUUUUAUGAGGUGAAUUGAGGGAUACUAUUCUGUUAAUUUUUACAGUGCAAAUAUGGUUAUAAUAAUACAAAGUGUACAGUGCACACUUUGUAUUCUGUGUUGUAAUUGAAAUCAUAUAUUAUAAAAGAUAGAAAACAUCCAAAAAUAUUCUAAUAAAUUUCAAUUGGUAUUCUAUUGUUUAACAAUGCAAUUAAAACUGUGAUUAACUUGAAAAAUUAAUGGCGUGAGUUAACUGCACUUAAUCGACAGCCCUAUUCGAUAUCUAUUAUCAGUUUAAUAUGUAUUUUGUCUCUCAGCCCUUACUUUGUUUAGUGCAAGUUAGACUGGAAAAUUUAAAGUCAAUAUGAGUCUCUUCACAGAUUCAUGAGAGUUGCAUGAGCUCCUAAGUUCCUGAUUCUGGCAUGUGGUUUGUUCUUUGAAAUCCUUAUUCUACAUAAAGUCCACCAGUUAGUCGGGAUUUGGAAAAAAAUAGGCAUUUAAAAGACCCAAAACUGUCACUGGUAGGGUUUUUAAAAAAAAAAAAAAUUCCACAUGAUCAUGUGUAAGAGCAGCAACUACAAAUGAAAAAUAUGUAUUCUCCAAUAUAAGGUGUACACCAUGACUAUCUACAAAAAUUAAAGUUGGUGUGACUACACACCUGCUUAAAGUCAAGCAUAUGCGUAAGCAUCUGGAUGAAUCAGGACUUAGACUUGCUGCCUUUAUUCUUUCCAGGGGAUGCAAACACCUACAUUAAUGAUGGUAAAAUGGCAUCAGACAGCUGAACAACACAACGUAGUUAAUAAAGAUCACUUUGAGAAGCUUUAUACUCUUUUUUGAUAUGGCAAAGUAUGUCCAGAUUGCUCAAACUAAAGAUCAUAGAGGCUAUGCUUCACUUCUCAAGUACUGGACCUUGGGAUGCAUUUUAAAACUAUGCAAGGAUUAAUGGGGUUUCUGGUAGAUGCGAUGUCACAGAACGGUUCACAGUGGUCGAUCAUUGAGCAUUAGAAAUGGGUUUGCCCUACAUGAUUUUGGAGUUCAAAAACUUAAAUUAAUUUGGUACUUUUUUUUAUCAUAUAAUCAUAUUCAUUCCUUAAGAGUUAUUUUUCAGGUACACUCUUUAGAUACAAACUAGAAAAAAUGAAUAAUAUUAAAAGUAUGAUUAACCCAUGAAAACAAAGGGCUUAAAAUUUAGGGUUAAAUACAGAUAUUUUCACUUUCAUGUACAGGUAAUUCUAAUUCAGAACUGACUGUUUAAUAGACUCUCUAAAUUCUGUAUGGUCACACCCUAAAAGUAAAAAAAACCUCUCUUCUGGUGCAUUUACAAAAAACUAUUUGACAAGGGAAGAGGCAGAAUUUAAUGUGAACAAAAGCUAAGUGUUAUAAGGUCAACAAUCAGUUUGAUAAUGCAGCUUAAAAACAACAAGGUGUUUAAAGAGGAAGCUUUCACCUUGAAUCAGAAUGUUCUUGAGACUGUUAAUGUUCUUUGGACAUAAUCUUUUCAGAUGUAACUUUAUUUCAUAAAGGAGUCAGUGAGUCGCGUGCAGAGAACUGGGUCAAUGACAUUUAUUGCAAUUCAAGAUUCAUAUGAAACAAAUGUGGACCUAUGGAUAACCUAAAUUAAAACUUGUACUAUACACCAUUCUGCCUCCUCCAGAGACUUGUUAGCAUAGGAUGGGAGACGCACUUUCCUGCAUUCUGAUGUUGAUACUACCAUUUUUAAUCCCUGGACCUCCUUCUAUACAGUAACACUAACUAUGGCGGUGGCAAGUCAAGAGAUGGCCUUUUAAAGACAGGGGAAGGUCAAGUGUGUCUAAGAUUAAAAUAGGGGUUCAGAAAAUUACUAAAUGCUACUGUUUUUUGCCACUGGCAUCUUGAAAGAGAAUUCUGGGGGGAAGAAGAAGUUCAAGAAGGUUAUGUACUGUACUCCAUCAAUGCUAAGAAACCUAAGGAAACAUGAACAAAGUACCUACCUAUUUUAAAAUGAGUUUACCAAGGAAAAAAUACAAGGCCUGGACCUCAUUUUCACCCAUGCUGUAUUGCAACAAAAUAUAUUCAAAAUAGGGGAGGAAAUAGAUCUUACCUUUAUUAAAUUCUACCUUCUUUCUGCCUCUUAAGAGAAAAAAAUUGAUAAUUUAAGCUUCCACUUGAAAUUAAUUAACAUGAAACAAAAGAUCACCAGUAGAUAGUUUUGGGUCAAAAUAAGUAUAUCAUAUUAUGACUAUUCAAUCAGAGACCAUUUCAGGAUCUCUUGGCAGUGACUACAACAGACUAAACUUUUUUUUUAAAAAAAAAAAGCACAAUUGUGUGUGCAUUGAGUGAGGUGAGCAAAUUCCGUAUAUCAACAAGUAGCCAGCUAAGUCUGACUAGUGAUGCCAGGCACAAAUUAGGCACACAUGCAGUUUUGAUAUCCUAUCCAAAUAAAUAUGAUGCAUUCAAUAACAAAAAAGAUGAAAUGGACAGACAUGCAUUACUUACAUUAAAAGAAAGUACUGUACUUUUAAAAGCAAUGUGCUUCAUUGGCUAGACCAGAAGAUGAACAGUGAACAUAUUUUGGAUUUAUAGCAGAAUCUGGCCCACUACCUGCACAAAUGCUGUGGGUCUUGGAGCAGCAGGGACAUGCCAGCUGCUUUCUGGAAGCUGCUUGGAGCCCAGUAGUGAGUCUGCUAGCCCUGCCAACCCUCUCCACCAGCACCAAUCUCAGGAUGGGUAGUGUUUGAAAAAGCUGUGGUGAAGACAUGGCUUCCAAUGGCAGUAAUUCAGAAAGAGUGAACCCUGUGCUCAGAAUAAGUCAGAUGGAUGCUCUUGAACUAAACAAAGCCUUGGAGCAGCUAGUUUGGUCCCAGUUUUCCAGCUGUUUUCAUGGAUUUAAACCAGGGCUGUUGGCUCACAUUGAACCAGAAGUAAAAGCAUUUUUAUGUCUUUUCUUGUGGAGAUUCACCAUCUAUUCUAAGAAUGCAACUGUGGGACAGACUAUUCUGAAUAUUCAAUACAAGAAUGACUUAUCUCAAACACAGAAAUAUCAGCCAUUGAGCAAACACCAGAAGUUAUGGUAUCUUAUCUGCACUGUUGGUGGAAGGUGGUUGGAAGAAAGAUGCUAUGAUUUAUUCAGCAGUCGCCAACUAGAGUCAUUCUGCAGAAUCAAGCAUUUCAUUAAUUUUGUAGCUGGACUUUUAAAACUUUGUGGACUACUGAACUUUCUGAUUUUCCUUCAGAAGGGAAAAUUUGCAACACUUACCGAACGUAUUUUAGGAAUUAGAUCUGUCUUUUGUAGGCCUCAGAAUGUUCGUCAAAUAGGAUUUGAAUACAUGAACAGGGAACUUUUAUGGCAUGGCUUUGCUGAAUUUCUAAUCUAUCUUCUACCACUCAUUAACAUGCAAAAGCUCAAACUCAAAAUUUCGUCUUGGUCUUUGCCUAUUGCAGUUUUUUCCAAUAGCGAAAACACUUUAGCAGCACAUUGCAAGGAAUGUUCUGUAUGUGGGGAGUGGCCAACUAUGCCUCAUACCAUAGGCUGCUCACAUGUUUUCUGCUACUAUUGUAUUAAAAGCAACUGCUUAUUUGACAUGUAUUUUACCUGUCCUAAGUGUGGUACAGAGGUAUACAAUCUUCAGCCAUUGAAAUACAAGAUUGAAAUGACAGAAGUUCACACACUCUAGAGUUUUUUGUGGUGCACUUGAAGCACAUACUUUAGAGUAAACUGUAUAAUAUUCAGAACCACUAUUAAGUUGAUCAUAUUGUCAUUUUGUUUACAGCAGUUUGAUCUUUCUCGGUCUUAUGUCUGUGAUAUAGUAAAGUCCGUAUUGACAUUAGUUUCCAUAUACUAAUAUAAAAUUGUAAUUUAGCAAUUAUUCCAAUUAUAAUCAAAGAUUCAUGCGAUUAUAUUGUUGGUAGCUAUCCGCAUAUUUCAUCAACUGCUUUAUGUAAUCACCAUAGAAGACAUUUCCCUGUGAACUACUUUUGAGGUAAGUAACUCAUUAGCAUCUAUAAUAAAGUGGUGAGACCAUCUAAAGAAAAUGGAGAGCUGCACAGCAGGAUAUAUCAGCAAAAAACAAUUCAUGUUCACUCACUACUGAGAA